UUACGUCAAUUCUGGAACAAUUUCAAACGCGGAGCCCUGACAACCAUAAUCGAACACCUUGGUAACGUCAACAGACCCCUGCAACCUCCGACACGAGCAGACGUGUGCGCACAUCUCUGCUGAUUAGUGACUUCCCGUUUUGAACAGCGCGUGUGUUAGAGCCACACAGUCCGGGAAAUCGUUCACCAGUCGUGCCUGCACCCUGAGUGACAAUGACCUCACCGUAAACACCGAAGCGAAGAAGUUAGGGGCAGCUGAAAACUUGCCCAUCACCUGAGAACAUUUGGAGGACUCCCCUGACGCCAUCCUGCAGCACCCGUAGUCUCCGCAAGGGGCGUUCCAUCCCAAAGUCCCCUGGGAAGUCUGAGUUCUAUCUCCGUUUCCACACUGCUGUCCAGCUGAGCAAGAUGGGUUAGAGAAAAGUCACGAUACCGCCGGGCCUGGGUGCCUUCAGGGGCACUUAAGGACCAAAGACUCUGGCACUGAGAACUUUUUAUUGUUUAUCACAGACUUUAACUUAAGACUAUGUUCGUCGUUCUUUUACAAGUUAACGUGAGUUUUAUUCAAGUUUCAACAAGACAAGAGAAAGUACUGUAGCUAAACAGAAAGCAAUAUGAGCAACUCUAAGAAGGAUAGCCCAGCCCUGCGGCAACAGAAGUACUCAAAUACUAUCAUCCGUGGACGUCGCCACGCCCCCACCCCUGAAGCCGUCCCACCAUCCACUCUCCUGGACGCACCCCCUCUGUCUCCUGUCCCGCUGCCUUCACCACCAAAGCAGCCUCUACCUGAGUCGAGGUACCGCCGACCAAAACACCUGGUCACCAACCUGAACAAGAGACAGCCAGUUCCUCAGGGUGGAUUCACAGCAGUCAACAGAUAUUCUAAGACUCCCACACACCCAGAUGAAAAUUCAAAGGUGUUUGAAGAAUACGCUGAAAGGCUCACAAACAUUCAGCAAAAACAGGACUGCAUGGGAGAGGGCAAACCACGACCAAGGAGACCCCCCAGACGUAAUAAGACCCCAGCUCCCGUCUCCAUGAUGAUGGACUCUCUGGAAAAUGAAAACAUGUCAGAGAACGAGCUCUACAAGAGAAAGAAGGAGACUAUUAAAAAGGUACAAGAUUCCAUGGGAGUUGACAAAACAAACACAAGAAAAGCUCGCAACGCAGCUAAACCUCCCACCUCCAGGAAGACUGUCGAAGAGCAGCAAGUAUUCUCACUCGGACAUCAUGAGGAGAGAAGCCCAACACCAGCAGAAUAUGAUGACUGCAAGUUGAUGGAUGAAAUAGUCCAAGAAUUCAGAUCUUACCAGAAAGCAAAGAAGAAGAAGAUGAAAUGUUGUGCCAAGAUGCCACCAAACAACCAAGCAAGUAUUGGUCAAGACAAGAUGAGUGUGACGUCUCAUGAGGUGUAUACCCCUGAUUGGGAGGAGGAAGGUCGAACACAGAGCAGAUUUAACAAGUCUGGACACCAAAGCAGGGCGAGUAACACACCCACAAUGGAGAGGGGACAAGAUUUUGAAGUGUAUUUAUAUACUCCUGACUGGGAGGAGGAAGGCCAGGUGCAGAGUAACACAUCAUCACAGUGUGGACACCUGAGCAGGGUGAGUAACACAGCCACGAUGGAGAGGGGAAAAGAUAAUGGAGUCUAUACUCCUGACUGGGAGGAGGACGAUGGAGUACAGAAGUUUCACAAGAUGUCCCGACAGUCUGGACACCUCAGCAGAGUGGACAACACACCCACGAUGGACUGUGUGAUGCAUGACCUUGACGUGGAGGAGGAUGGCCAAGGUCAGAGCCGGUACAGCACAUCCCCGCAGUCUGGACAACUCAGCAGACAGGACAGCACACCCAUUACAGAUACAACCAAAGAUUGGAUGUACCACAUCAGAAAAGUUGGGCUGGAGGAGAUGAUGGAGUCAGGCAAGAGCAGGGAUGAAGACAGUCUGCACAGGAAGACAAACAUCCAGGGCAAAACAACCAACAAGAGGCACCAGGGAAGAAAGGAGAGGCUGGUCUUACCUAGCCUGACUGCUGAUCCUGGACUGACUCUGCAGGGGAGCAAACUUCAAACACCUGGUGAGUUUUGUACUGUAGGGACCAAACUUCAUACACCUGGUGUCAGCCUCCCUUCCAUAGGAGAUGGGAAAGGUGUCAUGUCUGCUGCUGCCCAAACCAACGUCCCAGAUGAGGACAUGGGAACAACGUUGCCCCAACUGCAGUUUGGCACCACAAGAGUGGGGAAGUCCACAUCAGAUACCGUGACCUUCAAACAGCCGAGCGACAAGUCCAAAGUCCGCAGCACCAAGCGGCGCCAGAAGACUGACCGCAACACGCUGAAGGACAAGAAGUCCCAGAAACGGCGCCGUGACAGCUCCGGACUCUCGUCACCUGACUUGUGAGUUGGGUGUAACAAUGGGCACCUUACCAUCGUGUCCAUGAUAUUUAUUGGCAAUGGUUCGGGUAACUACAUGUGUAUACAUUUUAUGUUUAACUGUGCAUUAUUGUGCAUUAUGUUUGUCCCAUGCCUUUUUUGCAUGUACAACUCAGUAUAGAAUAUUUAGACACAAAUUACUGUAAUUCCUGAUUUUUUCAAUGUUCACGGUUUUCAUGGUGAUGACUGUAACAUGAACUUAUCAUUACCGAUAACGAAUCAUUUGUCAUAGUGACAAUAACAUAUAAUUCGUUCACCGUGAACAUUUAGUUC